AUGAUUUUUGGACUCCCCACGGAUGGUUUACCAGUGUCAGGAUUUACAGAUAGUAGUAGUAGUAGCCUCGAAAAUGAAUUCAUGAUUCAAUUUGCGACAGUACCUACUGCAGCUGAUCACAAAGGAAGUGGUGUCAAACUUGCAUGGCUCCGCACCCUAAAGCAACGCAUGCAGUUAGAUACCGUCCUGGGCAGACAAAUGUACGUAAAGAUUCAUAUAUUAUUGUUGUUCGGCACAAAUUUAUUUUGUGACAAAUCUGGAAUGACAGUUCACUCGAAGUAUUUGCCUCUGCUCCGUAAUUUUGCUGAGAUUAAGAACUUUAGUUGGGGUUCCACUUGCCUGGCACGUUUGUAUAGGACAUUAUGUCAGGCAUCACAUUAUAAUUGUAAAGAUGUGGAUGGUCCAUUGGCGCUGCUUUAUGUAUGGGCUUGGGAACGGUUACCGUUCCUAGCACCUGUGCAAUCGCAACCAAGCUUUCCGCUUGUGUGCAGCUGGAUUGCUUGGUGCUCGCAAUUUCAUGGCUACAAAAAGUGGACCAUCGCGCAUAUUAGGCAGUUAAUAGAUGAUAUUCCUGUAGAUGGGUUUAUAUGA